AUGAGUGAACAGCAACCCAGUGAGAAACCAGCGGCUGUUGAGCAACAGCAACCACAACAGGGACAGCAGGGUCAAAGAUUUUCUCGUAGCAACGGGCAAAGACAAACGUACCAGAAAGGUUCAAGGACGAACUCUAAACCUUAUAACAACUACCAAGGUAGCAACAACAGGUAUAAUAAGAAUGGUUAUCACCACAAGUCCAAUAGAAACAGUGGGAUGCCUAACAUGCAAUGGGCUUACGGAUACAAUAUGGCUGGUCAACCAAUGUAUCCUUCCUAUGGAUACGGAUAUGUACCACCCAUGGCUCAAGGUUAUCAAGCUCCUUCUACAUCUGCCUCGCCAGGGGAAUCCGCCACCUCGUCUCUUUCAACUACCCCUGUUUCAAAGAAGAUUGAAAUAACGAAUAGGUCUGGUGAACAUGUUGAUCUAAAUGCUAUUCAUAGCCAGCACGUUGCAUCAACCUCCACCACUGUCUCCCCACCUGCAGCCACGGAGCAAGAGGCUCCUUUGAACUCUGCACCAACUUCGUCUACAAAGUCACCCACUCCGGAGCCAGUCAAAGCAGAGCCCACUGCCGAUGAACUUUUGAAGUUGAGCUUCUUAGAACAGGUAAGAAAGCGUAAAGAGAUGCUUGCGAGACAAAAGGCUGAAGAAGAAGCAAAACUCAAAGCCGAAGAAGAAGCUAAAAAGGUACCUGCACCUGAGGUACCUGCACCUGUUGCCGAACCUGAAAAGACUGAGACUCCGGUAGAAAGCACACCUAAGAAAGAUGAGGUGGAACAACAACCUGAUGUCAUCAGUGAAGAACCUGUCGAAGUCGAAGUCACUGAGCCUGCUGAGGUAGCUGAAGCUGUCGAUGUUGAACAAGUCGAAAAAAAUGAGCCUGCUGAGCCUGUUUCGUCUAAACAAGAAGAAUUUUCCGUUCCUGUUGAGAUCACAAAUGCAGAGGAAAAGACAGUCAAGGAAACUUCUGAGACUGAAAACGAAAAGCCUAGUGAGUCUGCUGAAACAGCAAAGCCACUUACUUUCGCAGAAAAGCUAAAGCUCAAGAAGCUUGCCGAAUCCAAGGCUAAAGAAGCAGCUGAGCCCACGACCUCUCCUGUGGUUCAAGAACAGGAGGAGAACAGAGCUCCAAGUGAGAAUGAAAACGAAUCUCAUGAAACCGAAGUUCAGCCAGAGGAGAAAAUCGCUCCUGAAGCCGAAGUUGAAACUGCUGUUGAGGGGGCUGAGGAGGAACAAUCUGCAGACGCAUCAAAGAAAUCAGAAGCUGAUGAACAAGAGAAUGACGAAGACAUUGAUGAUGGCCGCAUGACCAUGACAGAACUAUUACAAAAGCUUGACGUGAUAAAACCUAUUGAAGAUAUCUAUGAAUACAAGUACCCAGAGGAAUUUGAAGCUCCGGAUGAUAGAUUCAAGAAGGAAAAAGUCAAGUAUACUUAUGGCCCCACCUUCCUGUUACAAUUUAAGGACAAAUUGGAUAUUCGUCCAGAUGCGGAAUGGAAAAAGAACAUUGCGUCCAAGAUUGUCAUUCCUCCAGGAACUGGGAGAUAUGGAGGAAAGUCGAGAGGUGACUCUAAGUUUGGCGGUGGUAGUGGCUUUAAGAAGAGCGGCUCGCUUAGAGGCAUGGAAGGAAGAUCAAACUCAAGAUCUUCUUCCAAAAGAAAAUCUAAGAGACUUGGUGAUGACAGAAAGUCCAACAGAUCCUACACAUCGAGGAAAGACCGUGAGAGAAUGGCCGAGUUUGAUGAGCCUAAGGAAGAAGUUGCUCCAUUGGUCCCAAGUGCGAACAGAUGGGUUCCUAAGUCUAAGCUGAAGAAGACCGAAAAGAAAUUGGCUCCUGAUGGAGUAACGGAAUUGUUAGACAAGGAAGAGGCAGAAAGAAAGAUGAAGUCCUUGUUGAAUAAGUUGACCUUAGAAAAGUUCGAUCCUAUUUCUGAAGAUAUCAUCAAAAUUGCAGACCAAUCGAAAUGGGAAUCGGAAGGUGAAACUCUUAAGGUUGUUAUCGAACAAAUUUUCCACAAGGCUUGCGACGAGCCUUACUGGUCAUCUAUGUAUGCUCAGCUUUGUGGUAAAGUUGUGAAAGACAUGGACCCAGAAAUUAAAGACGAUACUAAUGAGGGUAAGACAGGUCCUAAAUUGGUACUGCAUUACUUGGUCGACAGAUGUCAUACUGAAUUCGAGAAAGGCUGGACAGACAAACUACCCACUAACGAAGAUGGUACCCCAUUGGAACCCGAAAUGAUGUCUGACGAAUAUUACAAGAUGGCUGCUGCUAAGAGAAGAGGGCUGGGUCUUGUUAGAUUCAUCGGUUUCUUAUACCGUUCGAACCUUUUGACCGCUAAAAUGAUGUUUGAAUGUUUCCGUAGACUAAUGAAGGAUCUUGCGGAUUCACCAACAGAAGAAACUUUGGAAUCUGUAAUCGAAUUGUUGUCCACCGUUGGUGAACAAUUUGAAGGGGAUAAAUUGGUUCAGCCAAAUGGUGCCUUGGAAGGGUCUACUGUUUUGGACCAACUGUACAUGAUGUUGGACAGAAUUGUCGAAGAAAGCAACAUUUCAAGCAGACUGAAAUUUAAGUUGAUCGAUAUGAAGGAAAUGAGAGAAAAGAACUGGAAUAGUGCCAAGAAAGAUGAAGGGCCAAAGACCAUUCAACAAAUUCAUGAAGAAGAAGCUGCCAAGAAAGCCAUGGAGGAAAGAGAACGUAAGAUGAAGAGUGGUUCGAGAUCAAACUCUAGAAGAAAUAACUCUAUGGGUAAUAGAAGCAAUUCGAGAAGAGAGCCUCCUCCAAUGUCUAAGGACAAUUUCAUUUCUACCAGAUCUUCCUCAUUGAGACAUGUCCAAAACGCACCUAAGGAGGAAACACCUGCCCAAAAGACUGCUGUUAACAUGUUUGAUGCAUUAAUGGGUGCUGAAUCUGAUGACGAAUGA